CCGGGAAAUAAAGUGAAACUCUUUGGUGAAGCUGACUUCAUGACUUGACUGUCCUGCUUUACUUUUAUCAUCGGUUCAUCACUGCAGGCUGUCAGGAUGUCAGCUGUGAGGAUGACAGAGGGGAGUGUGCAGGUGGAGAGCUGCAAAGCGCCGCUCUUCUACAGACAGAGUGAACCUGCCGCAGGGGAAGUGAGGAUGUCAGUUUUACUCCUUCACGGCAUCCGUUUCUCUUCAGAGAACUGGCUCAACAUCGGCACUCUGGAGACUCUGGCCAGAGCAGGCUGCCGCGCGGUCGCCAUCGACCUGCCAGGACUCGGCCGCUCUAAGUCAGCCGAGGCCCCGGCAGCGGUUGGAGAAUUGGCCCCUGCAGGGUUCCUGAGAGAAGUGUGUGAGCAGCUGAGCCUCAGCCCGGUGGUGGUGAUCAGCCCUUCGCUCAGCGGGAUGUACUCCCUGCCUUUCCUCAUGCAGCACCAGGCUCUGAUCCGAGCCUACGUCCCCGUGGCUCCCAUCUGCACCGACAAAUUCACAGCAGAGCAGUACCAGAGUGUAAAGGUCCCAUCACUGAUCGUUUACGGGGACCAGGAUGCUCAGCUUGGAGAAGUGUCUCUAAGCAACCUGAGGAACCUAGCCAAUCACAGCGUGGUGGUGAUGAAAGGGGCGGGUCACCCCUGUUACAUGGACGACCCGGACACUUGGCACAAAGCUCUCACCGACUUCCUGAAGACGCUGUGAACCCCUCGCUGUGCUUCAGUGGAGAGAAGCUCAACAAUCACACAUUAACUUAGGAGCUGCACAAAUAUUCCUCGAUAUGAAUUAAUCAGAAAUGUAGGCCACAGACGUCCUGCACAACCUGAUUUAGAGUUUUUAAAUAGUGCCAAGAAUUAAAUAUGCUUAUUCACUUUUUAGCCCAGAGUUAAAUGAGACGAUUGAUAGGCUACAUUUGAAGUAAACUCAAACAGCCGACUCACUUAGCUUAGCAGGGAGACUUGACAGACGUGCAAACAACCAUCCUGGCUCUUUCUAAAAGUAAAUAAAAUCAAUCUACCAGAUUGUGAAAAAGAUUAAUCAAGCAUGUUUUAGAGUAUAGCUUCUUCACUCUUUGUGCUAUGCUAAACAAAGCUUGAUUAGCUUAAAUCAUAUUUAGCAUACAGACAUAAGUAGUGAUAGUUGUCACUAAGUGUUUCCCUUUUAGCUAAUACUGUAUAUCAUGGUAAAGCUACAAUUAUGCACUUAUCUUAUAAAAAAUACACUUUAUAUUUCCUAUGUAACUGGUAAAUGAACAAUUCUUAACCUGUCUCGACUGAAAAAACAAACACCACACGCUGAAAUGAAGUGAAAAAUAUGAACAUUAUUUAAUAACUGAUUCUCUGUAAUAAACAAUUUGAAAAUA